CCUCUGCUCUGCUCUUCCUUUCACGAGCCAUCACCAAAAUGGGCGACGCCGCAGCUCAAACUCACAACGUCAAGAUUCUUCAUCUGGUGAGGCAUGCGCAGGGCGUCCACAAUGUUGCAGGAGCCCAGGAUCACAGCGCUUUGAUGUCUCCUCGAUAUUUUGAUGCUAACCUCUCCCCGCUUGGAUCCCAACAGGUUCGAGAUUUGAGCAGUUAUGUGGUUUCAUCUGGGAUCCUUGCCAAAAUUCAAUUAGUCGUCACCUCUCCUCUGUCGAGGACUAUAGAAACUGCAGUCAAGGUGUUUGAUAGAAAGCUCACCAGCGAAAGUGUACAGAACAGUGGUGAUGAUGCUGCAGAAAUGUCAGAUGUCAACUACCCACCAAUUUUGGCGUAUGAACUUUGUCGAGAGAGAUUGGGGCUUCAUCCUUGUGACAAGAGGAGGACAGUCACCGAGUAUCGGUCUCUUUACCCUGACGUUGAUUUCUCGUUGAUAGAAAGUGAUGAUGACGUUAUGUGGAAGCCUGAUGCUAGAGAGACCUUUGCAGAGGUUGCAGCCAGGGGCUUGAAGUUCAUGAACUGGUUAUGGACACGACCCGAGAAGGAAAUUGCCAUUGUUUGUCAUGACAGGUUCUUGCAGUAUACCUUAGAGGCUUUGACCACUGACUGCCAGCCUUCAUUGAGGGCUGAAGUAUCCACACAAUUCAAGAAUUGUGAACUUCGGUCUCUGAUCACUGAGAAUGAGAGGGUCGUGUCAUGCCUCGGCAAAUUCCUCCCUAGUGAUUCUGCAAACUAGGGGGAAAAGCAAGCUCAACAGUCUUGGCCUUCCAUUCCCUUCAUGGAGAGUACACUCCUUCAAGGACGGGUUAGUCCUUUUUGUACAGAAAGGAUUUGAUCUUGUACAGAGAAACCAGUAACUAAUUGUUAUGAUGAUUACUGAUAGCACUCAGAGCUAUUAUUUUCUGUUCGUAUGCGUGUUAGGAGAGCUGAUGUAAACAUCUGAAUUUCAUCAAUUGGUCAUGACUGGAUCCAACAGUUGGAGUACGUGUAAUAGAUACUUGUAUGGAGGAAAUAGAAUGGAGAUCAAAGUUUCUUAUUUCAUUGCAGUUUUUUUAAAACAGAACACUCUCCCAGAAUCUGAACUAGUAGCCACUAAG